UGUCACGGUCACUCACACACCGGCCAGCACGAUGCACAACCGGUACUUUAAACACGCAAUGUGUUACUAUUCCCCGGUAUGUGUUCCAUGCUGUGGGACCUCACGGCAUUCUCGCCGUCUUCCAACAGUAUCUUAACAUCAUCCACGACGCGAACUACUCGAGGAAUUCUUUCCUCCGAAGGAAAACGGUCGCAGUCGGUCAAAAGUUGAAUCGAGACGCGUAUUACGUGAUAUUGCACCGACUGCAGUGUGUUUAUAUAAAGUGUUGAGUGAAAAACUCGAAUUUACAUAACAGUCAUCACAGAAUGCAUGCAAUUGAGGAUUGUCGUCAACUCAUCGUGUCAUUACGCUGAAGUUUCAAAUUUUCCAUCAUUCGCGUAUAAUUUUUUCCUAAACAUACGUGUUUAUUCAUUUUUACGUCUCGAGAGGAACGUGAUCAUUCACAUCCGCAAUUUGCAGUGAUUAGCGUUAUUUCAAGUGUUACAAAUUUGCAUUGAUAAAAUCAAUACAUCACAAAAUGGCAAAAAAUAUCAACGAAAAUGGAGAGGCAUCGAAAAUGUCGUUUCUUGUCGUGGAAUACCUACUCGUUAUAUUCUUCAAGCUAAUUUACAUCAUUUGGUACCUGCCCAGAGUUCUGAUGGGAAUGUGCCGUCGAAAAAAGGUCUGCGUACCGUUGAAUGAUCCUCCGGAAAUUAUGCAAAUCUCUGGAAUAGAGUUAGCGAAACGCAUAGCAAACAAAGAAGUAACAUGCAAAUUUGUGUUUGAAUCCUACAUUAAUAGAAUUAAAGAAGUGAAUCCAAUAUUAAACGCAGUUGUGGAAGACCGUUUUGAACAAGCUCUUAAUGAAGCCGUUCAUUUGGACGAACAAAUUAAAACCUCUGACAAGACGGCGGAACAAUGGCUGGAAGAGUUUCCAUUGUUAGGAGUACCACUUACCGUUAAAGAGAGUAUUGCAGUGAAUGGAAUGAGCCAUACGGCUGGUUAUUUCCUGGCUGCCGGUCGUCGCGCAAAAGAAGACGCUGAAAUAAUCGAACCGUGCAGAAAAGCAGGUGCAAUUAUUAUAGCUGUUACGAAUACACCGGAAUUAUGUUUGAAUUGGGAGAGUCACAAUAAUCUUAUUGGUACAACAAAUAAUCCUUAUGAUAGCCGACGAACAAGUGGCGGUUCUUCAGGUGGCGAAGGUGCUCUAUUGGGAGCUGGUGCAUCAGUAGUAGGAAUUGGAUCUGAUCUUGGCGGUUCGCUAAGAUUGCCAGCGCAUUAUUGUGGCGUGUUUUCACACAAGGCUACUGCACAUGUCGUCUCAACAGUUGGACAUUUUCCUGGGUGCGGUGAUACGGAAAAAUGGAAUUCACACUUUACCCUUGGUCCGAUGUGUAGAUACGCGACGGAUUUACUUCCUAUGAUGCGCAUUGUUACUAAAGAUGAAUUUAAACCAACCUUGAACCUGACAUCAGAGGUGGACAUUUCAAAAAUUAAAAUUUACUUCCUUAAGAAUUACGGGUCUAUUUUGACUUCAAAUUUGGACCCGCAGAUAUCUACAGGAUUAGAUUUCUUGCUUGAUCAUUUUAAAAUUAAAUACAAUCUCAAUGUGCAACCUCUUGAGAGAAAAUUCUUUAAAAACAGUGUAAUCCCUGCACUCCAUGCUCUGAUCCAAAUUAAAGAUGUCGAGUUUGAACGACCCAAAGGUCUAUUCUGUGGUCUCUUGAAAAUGUUGUUUAACUGUUCAAAUAUAACUUUGAACACUUACAUUUAUCUACUACUUGAGAAAUACGGUAGAAGUUUACCGGAAUCCACAUAUAUCAAAUGUAAUAACAGCUUGGAUGAACUUAGAAACGAAUUGGAAACUAUACUUGGAGAUGAUGCAGUGUUAAUUAUGCCUACGUUUCAUAGACCUGCUGAUUAUCAUUACACGACUAUGCCUAGAGUUUUGAACACUAUGAAUACACUUGUUUUCAAUUCGAUAGGCUUACCUGUUACAUGUUGUCCUAUUGGCUUUAAUUCGGAUGGAUUGCCCUUUGGUGUUCAGGUUAUUAGUAAGCGCUUCAAUGACAGGCUUUCUAUAGCUGUAGCCGAGGAAAUCGAAAAUAUUUGUGGUGGGUGGAAAAUGCCGCGAAAGAAGUGAUAUUAAUAUGUGAAGUGAAUUUGUAGAGUCUCAAUUUUAUACCAAAUUCUCUAAUAUUUAUAGUACACUUUUAUAUCUUUAUAUAAAUAAACUUAUAUUGUUAUAAACAUA